AUGAACUUGAGGACACUACCUCACAUGCAGUUAUUCAAGUUCUUAAACAGCAAUUCAGUAGACAUGGGAUUCCGGACACUGUUGUUUCAGACACAGUUUAGCAGUCAGGAAUUUCACGAGUUUUCACUCAUCUGGGAUUUCAACGAUGUGACGUCAUCAGCACAUUAUGCAAAGGCUAAUAGUAAAGCUGAAUCUUCAGUCAAGACGGUCAAACAGCUAUUCAAGAAAGCUAAACGUGAUGGUGAGGGCCCCUGGUUUACAUUUUUUAUUAGACUAUAGGAACGCCCCUACAGAAGGUCUAGGAACCGGCCCUGCUCAAAGGCUUAUGUCUAGAAGAACACGAACUCUGUUACCUACAGCAGUAAGUCUUCUUCGUCCCGAAAUAAUUCCAGACUCUACAGAGCAGUUACAGUGGAAGAGGCGAAAAGUAAAGUUUUACCAUGACCGUAGUGCAAAACAGUUGCCUGAACUGGAGAUUGGACAAGAACUCCGAAUUGCUCCCUUGCGGAAGAAUCAAACGUGGAGGCAAGCUACUUGCCUAGAGAAACUCUCAGACAGGUCCUACGUGGUCAAAUCAGGCGAUCAGACCCUCAGAAGGAAUAGGCAGUUCUUGAGACAUGUAGCAGAGCCUACAACUCAACACAAG